ACGCUGCUGUCAUCACAAUUUAAUGUCAUAAAAAAAUCUUGAAAUCAACGAACUGCAAUUUCUUCUCGCACGUGUGCUUCAAUUGUUUAACUUUUAUUGGUUUUCUCAAAAAUCACAUACCAAAAUAUAAGGCAUAUAAGUGUUUAUAGUCUAGCUCAUCAGUACAAUGGGCAAGAAAAUUAAGUUGAAAAAUAAACGGCAAAUACCACCUACGGCCUCUGUUAGUAAUGGCAAAGCGUCAGUAGAGGAUUUGGAAGAAAACUUUGAAUUAGAACCUGAGCAAUCAAAGUCGGAGAAAAAGAAAAAGAAACGUUCCAACCAUGAAGCUCAGCCGGGAGCAUUUGUUAAAAGACCUAAGUAUUCUGACGACGAGGAAGAUGUACAAAACGGCGAAGAAACACUGGAAAACAGCAAUCAAGAAACACCGGUAGUUGGAGGAGGCAGCUCAUACGAAGUGCUACUUGGAAAUCAAGAGUUUGAAACCCUCAAGGGUAAAAUCUCGGACAACACGCUGAAGGCAGUUGGGGAGAUGGGAUUCACGAAAAUGACCGAGAUUCAGGCGAAAUCUAUCCCUCCUCUGCUGGAGGGUCGAGAUUUGAUUGGAUCGGCUAAAACUGGAAGCGGCAAAACGUUGGCUUUCCUCAUUCCGGCUGUAGAGUUGAUCUACAAGCUGCAGUUUAAACCCCGCAAUGGUACUGGUGUAAUAAUUAUUUCGCCUACGCGAGAGCUGGCCAUGCAAAUUUUUGGCGUUUUGAAGGAAUUGAUGGCACAUCAUCACCAUACCUACGGAUUGCUGAUGGGAGGAGCCAGUCGGCAUACAGAAAAUGAAAAACUGGCGAAGGGAUUGAACAUUAUAGUUGCGACUCCUGGUCGCCUGCUGGAUCAUCUUAAGGGGACGCCAAACUUUUUGUUCAAAAACUUACAGUGCUUGGUGAUAGACGAAUGCGAUCGAAUAUUGGAAAUUGGGUUUGAGGAAGAUAUGAAACAGAUCAUUGGAAUUCUUCCAAAGAAACGUCAAACAAUGCUCUUUUCGGCGACGCAAACAUCUCGGACGGAAGAACUUGGCAAGUUAGCUCUGAAAUCGGAACCUAUCUAUGUUGGGGUGGACGAUAACAAAACGGAAGCCACUGUUAGUGGUUUGGAACAGGGCUAUAUUGUGUGUCCUUCGGAGAAACGUCUACUUGUUUUAUUCACGUUUUUAAAAAAGAACCGCAAGAAGAAGGUGAUGGUGUUCUUUUCGUCCUGUUUGUCGGUAAAGUUUCACCACGAGCUGUUUAAUUACAUCGAUUUGCCAGUAAAUUCGAUUCAUGGUAAACAAAAACAAGCGAAACGCACCUCGGUUUUCUUCCAAUUCUGCAACGCCGAGUCGGGAAUCCUGCUAUGCACAGACGUGGCUGCUCGCGGUUUGGAUAUUCCAGCCGUCGAUUGGAUUGUGCAGUACGACCCACCCAACGACACAAAGGAGUACAUUCAUCGAGUCGGGCGAACGGCACGUGGUGAGAACCUUUGCGGACAUGCUUUGCUUCUGUUACGUCCGGAAGAAGUUGGCUUUCUGAAGUACCUUAAGCAAGCAAAGGUCCCACUGAAUGAGUUUGAAUUUUCGUGGAGCAAAAUAGCCGACAUCCAGUUGCAGCUGGAGAAUCUUCUGUCGAAGAAUUACUUCUUGAAUCAGUCGGGCAAAUUGGCAUUCAAGUCGUACGUACGCUCGUACGAAGGACACCACAUGAAGGACGUUUUUAACGUGGGUAACCUGGACCUGCUGCAGGUGGCGAAAAAUUUCGGCUUUACGCAGCCUCCUUACGUGGACUUUGGCAAGAGUUACAAGAUCCAAAAUUCGGACCGACGGGCGGGUAAUCGAGGUCUUGGGCACUUCAAGACGCUUAAUAAGGACAAGAAAGGGGAGACGAAGUUUAAGCACAUUAAAAAUCGGAAAGAGCUGAAGAAGGUUAACUACGAAUGAUGAAUGUUGACGGUGCUUCUAUUGGUAAUAAAGAGGAUACCGAUUAUGAUAGUAAA